GCAGCAGCGGCCUGGCUAAUUCUAAUGCUCAGGUGUAAAUCUUGGAAGAUUAAUCGUGUCCUCAUCUCUGGUCUCUCUCUGCACAUUUAGUACUUAACAGAGCCUCGCUCACAGGCAUCAAGAGUAAAGGGCUUGGUGUAUGUGGCUGGAUCCUGUUUUCAUUUUCUUUCCUGUUGAUGAUCAUUACUUUCCCUAUCUCCAUAUGGAUGUGCUUGAAGAUCAUUAAGGAGUAUGAACGUGCUGUUGUAUUGCGACUGGGACGCAUCCAAGGUGACAAAGCCAAAGGGCCAGGUUUGAUCCUGGUCCUGCCUUGCAUAGACGUGUUUGUCAAAGUUGAUCUCCGGACCGUUACGUGCAACAUCCCUCCACAGGAGAUCCUCACCAGAGACUCUGUGACCACUCAAGUGGAUGGAGUGGUCUAUUACAGAAUCUAUAGUGCCGUCUCGGCAGUGGCUAACGUCAACGAUGUCCACCAAGCCACAUUUCUGCUGGCUCAGACCACUCUGAGAAAUGUCUUAGGGACACAGACCUUGUCCCAAAUCUUAGCUGGCCGGGAAGAGAUUGCCCAUAGCAUCCAGACUUUACUUGAUGAUGCCACCAAGCUGUGGGGGAUCCAGGUGGCCCAAGUGGAAAUCAAAGACGUCCGGAUUCCCGGGCAGUUGCAGAGGUCCAUGGCUGCUGAGGCCGAGGCCACCCGGGAAGCCAGGGCCAGGGUCCUUGCAGCAGAAGGAGAAAUGAAUGCUUCUGAAGCCCUGAAGUCAGCCUCCAAGGUGCUGGCUGAGUCCCCCAUCGCCCUCCAGCUGCGUUACCUGCAGACCUUAACCACCGUGGCCACAGAGAAGAAUUCCACCAUUGUGUUUCCUCUGCCCAUGAACGUACUAGAGGGCGUGGGCGGCAUCAGCUACAGUAACCACAAGACGGUCCCUAACAGAACCUGAGAUCCCCCUGCUGCAGCCAUUGCUUAGGGAGGCACACCUGUUCCUGUGGAGACCAGCAGUGAGAAGCGUUGAGAAUUUCAACACUAUUUAAGCAGAGUAACUCUACAGCUGGAACAGCAUUAGCAGGGAGAUGCUAUAGAGGCUAUAAAAAAAGAAAAAGAAAAAGAA